AUGUCAAAACAACUUCUCGAUCGGCUCGCAGGCCGUAGAACACACCGCAAAUCAAGAAAUGGCUGUAGCGGCUGUAAGAAACGCCACAUAAAAUGCGACGAGACCCGGCCGGACUGCCGGAAUUGCGUCAUGGCGGAGCGGGUAUGCUCGUACCUGAAAUCGGAACCCGACGACAACUCCUCAGUUGUAUCCUCCACCUCAUUGCCAGUCUGCACUGAUACGGCGCCCAGAGACACCAGUGUUAGCCGGUGUUUGGCUAUUCCCAAGGACCCUGGCGAGGUGUACUCGUGUACUGGACAGGCUUUCACAGCGAGCCACAUGGCUUUCCUUCACUAUGCUCAGUCCAACAUGUCAGAGUUCAUGGCUCUAACUGGCAAUGUACGACCUCUUAUUGAUACGGCAAUCGAGCACUCUCUGACGGCACCAUAUCUUUUGGACCAGCUCCUCGGGUUAUCGUCACUUCAUCUUUCAACUCAGAAUGGCGCCAAGGCGUCCAUAUAUUUCCACCAAGCCACUGAGCUGCAGACACGAGCGCUGGGGUUCUUCAACCAGACGAAAGAGCACAUCUCAGAUGCGACGUAUAUUCCGACGUUUGUCUUUACCUCUCUUCUAGGCAUACAUGUCCUGUACGAAACAUUACAAUGGCACUGCGGCUCUCUCGCAGAUUUCAUUGACGCCUUUGUCAACUAUUCGCGUCUACAUCGAGGGGUACGAUCCAUCACCGGGAAAUACUGGGACGAGAUACUCCAGUCUGAUCUGAAGCCUUUGUUAUUCAUUGUGGAUAUCAUGAACAAGGAGAGCUUUCAAACUCCGGGUCCAGUAACGAAGCAGUUGAAAGAAUUACUGGAAAACAUCCCAACGUCGUCAGUGUCAACCCUUGCCUGCAUCACGGCCCUCGAAAAGCUUCAAUGGGUUCUCGACUUGGCCGGAAGACAACGGUCCAAGUUCGAAGUCGGCGUUCAUGCGGUGAUGGCCUGGCCACUGUGUAUUCCGGACGAGUACAUUGAAGCACUGCACCAACAUCAACCGGAGGCUCUCGUCGUUUUAGCCUUUUACGCUGCGAUGCUGCACAGGUACCGGCGUUUCUGGGCGUUUGGUGGUUCUGGUGCGCCCAUAGUACACCUGAUAUCGAACAGUGUCGGGUCGUUCUGGCAGGAUGUUUUGACUUGGCCGUUACAAGUAUUAAUUGAGAGUUGA